CCAAGUACAAGAGAAUGGGAAAAGAUAAAAAAUUCUCUUAAAAAUCGCUCUUAGUGACUUGAGUAGGGCGAAUUAAGUAAGUUCAGUUCUCGACAAUUUUCGAUAUCGAGCGGGUGAAAAUAUAAAAUUCGUCGCCAAUUAGUCUUAGAAAAACCCUCAAUUAGAACAUAUAUAGACUGAAAAAAUUGUGUUAAGUCGACGGUUUUGGAAGCCUAAAAUUUUUUAUAACCUACAGAACAGGAAUAAAAGCUAAAAAAAUAAAUCAAACAAACCCGUAAAAUUGGUGAAAUAAAUUUAAAAUCUACAAAAAAUUAGAAAUUAAUCACGUGCCUGAAAUUCCAAUAAUUCGUUUCAUCACUUCAAAAAACGAACCACAAAAAGAAAAACGCCCAAAAAACGAAGGCAGUUAAAUCGGUGAAAUAAAUGUUAAAUCUUAUAUAAAAAUUAUAAAGAAAAUAUUUUGUAAGCACAAUCUAAAUAGUCCAGGAACCAGAGGAUAAACCUGCAGGAAUGAACAUGGACUGCUGCUUAUCGGACCAGGCUUGUGAGGAAAGGCGUAUCAGCAGGGAAAUUGAUAAGGUCCUGAAAGCGGAAAAGAAGAAAGCACGACGCGAACUUAAGCUAUUGGUCCUGGGCACAGGUGAAUCUGGCAAGACCACAUUCAUCAAACAAAUGCGCAUUAUUCACGGCAACGGAUUUUUGGACAAGGAGAGGAAGCAGUUCACCAAAAAUGUUUUCCAAAACAUAUUCAUGGCCAUGCAGUCGAUGAUCAGUGCAAUGGAUACUCUGCAGAUUCCCUACGGUCAGCAGGAGCAUAGUAAACUUGCUGAUCUUGUGAAGAGCAUCGAUUACAAGACAGUUACCAGCCUGGAGGCGCCCUACUUGAAUGCCAUCAAAACGCUUUGGAAAGAUGCUGGCAUCAAGGAGUGCUACAAUCGUCGUAGGGAAUAUCAGCUGACUGAUUCAACUGAAUACUUUUUGAACGACAUAGCUCGAAUUGAACGGAGUGAUUACCAGGCAACUGAUCAGGACAUUCUUCAUGUUCGAGCGCCAACAACCAAUAUUGUUGAGUAUCCCUUCAAUUUGGACGGUUUUCUGAUUAGAUUGGUGGACGUCGCUGGUCAACGAACAGAGAGGAGAAAGUGGAUUCAUUGUUUUUCCAAUGUGACAUCACUUAUGUUUUUGGUUGCCAUGUCCGAGUUUGAUCUAACUUUGGCUGAAUCGGAGAAUGAGAAUCGUAUGAUGGAAUCUAAAGCUUUAUUUCACCAUAUAAUAUCGUUUGAAUGGUUUCAACACUCGUCCGUGAUUCUGUUUCUAAACAAAGAGGAUUUAUUUAAACAGAAAAUAUUGUCAACGCAUUUGGCAGACUAUUUUCCUGAAUAUAAUGGUCCAAAGAAGGAUGCUAGGGCGGGCCGAGAAUUCAUACGGCAAAUGUUUACUAGCGUGAAAACUGAUCCUUACAAGUUAAUCUAUUCUCAUUUCACCGUAGCUACAAAUACUGAAAAUAUUAAGUUUGUGUUCACUGCUGUCAAGGACACCAUUCUGGAAUCGCAUUUAAGUGAAACUAAUUUGCUGUAACCUCGAUUUCUAUAAAAUGUCUAUUUAAAUCAUAUUGAUGAGGAACAAGGUUUACGUAUCAUAUUUUAAAAAUAAGGAAAUAAAUGUAUGUACAACAGAAAAUAAUUUUUAAAUUAUUUAUAAGCUAUAUUUGCCAUCGUAUUAUAAACUGAUGUAUUUUAAAGGCGCCUUGUUGCUUUUGGACGUUAAAAAACUGUUUUUUAUUUCAAUCUUAUGUUUACAUAUACAAUCCAUUAAAUAUAACACGGUUUACAUACUGUUCUUAUUCAGCCUAAACGCACUAACUAUGAAUCCAGCUGCUUUUAGCCGGGGUUUCAGUACACGUGAACUAUCACAAUAAAAUCAUAUAUAUGUCAUGCUUUGCAUUAACCGUAGAACCUUAUAUGGGCAAACAAGCGAAUUAAA